CAAUCACAGGAAGUCAGGCUUUUCCAGUUGCGUCGCUUGUAUGAGAGUGACUAGGAGAAGGCUAGUGGUCAAAAUAUAAAUCACACAUAUCCAUUAACUGGAUAUUACUUAAUGAAUUGCUAGUUAACAGCCACGUUUACAGAGGUGUUGUCAGUGUAAACUUGGGUAUUAACGUAAUACCCAGCUAUAGCUUGAUUACGUUUGCUAGUUAGCCGACGGUUUAUUAGCUAAGCUACAAAGAGAAGGCAGCGUUGUUAGCGAGGCGUAAAACAUCAACAAUGGAGAAUAUCGAAACGCCAUACGACGAUGAGGCGGAAUUUAUUGAAUGCAAGGUCUGUGAUAAAUCUAUAAGGGGCGAAACCUUGUACAAGAUACACCUGACUACACCAGGGCAUAUAAAGAAAGAGGAUGUCCUUGUUACUAUGGGUCAUGCAGUCAGACAACACACUGUACCGGAAUUUAAGGACAUUUUGCAAUAUUUGGAUUACCUGAAGAUUGAUGAGCCAGUCAUUGGAUUGAACUAUUUGGAUGAACUGCCAUGUAAUGACACACAAGCAGGCCUCAGAUACUUAUGUAGGCUAUGUCGUCACACUGCAGUCCUACCAGAAAUGGUCCAUCAUGUGAUUGGACGUAAACACCGGCAGAAAUAUGUGCAAUUGAAACGGCCAGACUUGGUUACCUGGGAUAAACAAGCCAUAUUAACCCAAGGAGGAAAGAUCAUACGAGCCAGGGCAGAAAUAAUUGAAAGACAGGAUGGACGAGGAUACCCAAAACCAUUAUCAAAAAGGGGGGUUGAAGGCAAGUUAAACAUCUCAAGAGUUUCCCCAGGGCGGAAACAACAUAGAGACCGAAAUAUUCCACAGACUGUGACCCAAGGAGUUGUGCCAUCACUCUUGCCGGAAUUCCAGGACUAUCAGGACGAGUACCCUCACCGAGUGAAGCAUCCCCCAGGUUGCCCAAAUACGCCACCAUCCCAACCUUAUGUGAACAGGGACAGACAGAUAUACCAGCGGGAUGACACUCUCAGACAAGGUAACAUGGAAGGGGACUUGCAGAGGGCAGAUUACAGAGUAAGCGUUAUGUACAGGCAGGAGUAUAUGGACCAUACUUACCGCAGGGAUUAUGAAGAAGAAUGUGAAAGUCUACAAAGAAAGGCUGUACUUGAAAAUGAGUCACCGAAGAAGUUCUACUCUGAGGAAGUGAGACGUGGGCGAGAUCAUUAUGCUGAGUAUCAGCCUUCACAGCUGAUGUACCCAGAAGAUGAACAUCAGUGGCCUCUGGCGAGGGAAUCUGGCACUAUGAGUAAAGUGGGUAGGCAGGGCUCAAGAGAGCCAGAGGUCAACAGGAAGAGCUUUCCCACACCUGUGGAGAGUGACCGGUUGCACAACCAUUUGUUUUCUACGGUCAGAGAUGAUCGGUACAUAGUCAAAGAACCAUAUCAGCCUGCCUCCCAGAGACGAGUGGAACUUAGCAGGGCCAUGUCGGACAUCCCAGAACCAUUCAGGCGCUUCCUGAAAGGGGCUGCUAACAUUGAAGAACACGGAAAAAGAAAAAGAAAGACUCGCUUCUCUGAUGCCUCUGCAGAGGAGGUGAAAAUGACAAAGGAGAUGUUCAGUGAUGAAUAUGGACCACCCAAUGCGAAGUUUGCUGAUCAUCCUAGACCAGUCGGUGUGCCAUUGAGACCUGAAAUGCACGGAACACAACAUCCUGACCUGUACACAGAAUCACAGAGCUCACAUCACUCUGAGAACUACCAGAGAAGGGGCUCUGUGUCAGAAGGUGUCUUUGAUAUGCUGAAAAACGUUGAAAUUGAGAAUGCAGAAGAGGCUGACUUCCUGAAGAACAGAAUUUGCAGCCUUCUUUCAGAAUUAAAGUCCAGAAAGUCGGAGAAGACUGGGCAAAAUUGCCAAGAUCGAGCAGUCCUUAACAGCGACUACAACAGCUUGAAGCCAGUCCCACAGUUGUCUCCACAACAUCAGUAUGAGAGGUACCCAAGAGAAGAUUUAAACCCUAGACAACCAGAAGAUCACAGAGGAAGAGGCUGGGCACAGCAUGAACAUGAGGGUAUGCUCCAAGGAUACCACCACCCUGGGCACAUGGAACCCAGAUGUCAGGAUGAAGAGUUUUUUGGGAGACCUGAGAUGUCUUGGACACCACAAGCUACCUAUCCUGAAAGGUUUCAAGAACCCACAUACCCUCAUGAAUACCACCCUGCUACUGAGGAGUAUUAUGACUCCCACUCUUCUCCACCUCCCCUACAUAUGGAACGAGAUUCAAGGAUUCACAGGGACACCCGCUACUGCAAUAACCUGAACAAAAUCACCUCCACCCUCCUGGAACUUGUGACAAAGAAAUGAGUUCUAGCUGUUCUGUAAAAUAAAUAUAUGUACUAUGUUUAAAAAAUUGAAUGUAGUGUUAAAUUUCCUAUUUUGGUUAUUUGCUUUAGAUAUUAGUGGGGGGGGGGGGGAUUUUUGGAAUAAUGUUUGUCUAAGUGUUUAUGUAAAGAAUGAAACUUGUCUACUACAUCUACAGUGUCUUUAAAUUCUUCAUAUUACAGUUCACCAGUGGCAAGGAUAAUAGUGCUAGAGAUUUUUUUUUUUUCAGUUUAAGUAAUGGGUUGAAAUUAUUUAAUUGCGUUAACAAAUGUUGUGUAGGCUGUUUACUGCAGAGGUUGUGGAAAAAAUGUGUUCCAAUGUAAAAGUUA